AUGGGGCCCCAGGGGGACGCCUCGGUGCCGGGCGGCCCCGCCGUGGCCGUGGCCUUCCCGGGAGCUGUGUGCCGGGGCAGCGGCUGCCGCUUCGCCUGCGAGCUCCUGAAGCACGUCCUGCACCAGCGGAACCAGCUCCCGCUGCCCUACGAGCAGCUCGCCUUCUUCUGCCGGCGGGCGGCCCAGGUGAGGGGCGGCGACCGCGGGUCAACCCCGGGCCGGGGGACUGGGUGGGCCGCGGCCAGAAAGUGCCAGCAGCUGCUGAUGGAGCUGGAGGGAUUGUUCCAGCACCUGGAAGUCAUGUUUAGUCUGACGCUAGUUCCUCGGGUUCUUUUCCUACUUGGAGGCAAUGUCAUCAACCCCAAGGAGCUCUAUGAGCUGAAUUUGGAAGGGUUCUGUGAGGGCUCUGCUGAAGAGAGCCUUGAGACUGCGCCCUGUGUUCGCCAGCUCUUUCACCGCCUGUUUGUUGCUGACGUCUUUAGUGAACUUAAGGCUCUCCCUGUCACAGUCACUCUUGUCCUGGUCCAGGGCCACCGUGACUGUGGUGUUGAGUGGUUCCGGCCCAAGCUCAACUACCAAGUGCCGACCCGAGGGAGGAAGCUGACUGUUAAGUUGUCCUGUGAUGGAGACCUCCAUGUUAGUGCCUCACCUCCACAGCACACAGUACCUGCUUGGGAGGACUACGUCUGGUUCCAAGCACCAGUGACCCUCAAAGGCUUUAGUGAAUGAAUGGUUUCUGUAGAAAUUUAAUUGGAAAUAUUUAAUUGGAAUACUGAUUACCUUUUUUCUUUAGGUGUUAAUUUUAGCAAAUGUAACCAUGUAUUUUUGAACCAUGUCUGUCUGAAUUUUUUUGUCUUCAUGGUGUCUACUGCCUUCCUGUAUCUUGCUGCGCUCUUCUAUUGUCCAUAUUUCCUGAGCUGUUGAAGGCAAAUCCUCUUUAAGGAACAGUUGCACACAGGUCCAGCGAUUCUUUAGGGACCUGAUCUGUGACAUGGGAUGAAUUAAUGUGUUGGGAGUAAAACUUCCAUGCUGUAUGCUUGCUGAACUGGUAAAGGCUGGAUAUGUACAAUCUCCUCCUGAGUUUUAAUAUGGCUAUUUUC